AUGUCUUCAAGUUUUAACGACAGAGUCAUCAUCGUAAUUGGUUCGGCGUCUGGCAUGGGCUUAGCCACUGCAAAGGCCCUCCUCGCCGAAGGUGCCAAAGUUGGAAUCUCAGACAUAAACGGUACAGCCCUUGACAAAGUUGUCAAAGAACUGAGCACAGAACAGCAAGCUCGAGUCUAUUUCAAAGCCUCGAACAUCGUCAACCGUCAAUCCGUCCGCGACUUUCUCGAAGAAACAAAGUCCCAUUUUGGAAAAAUCGACGGUGUCGCCAACUUUGCAGGGUGCGGUGGCCACGAACUGGGUACCCAAUCGGUAUGGGAAACGAGCAACGAGGAAUUCGACUUCAUCACCAGUCUCAACAUUCGAGGAGCCUUUCACGUUCUUGCUGAAGCCCUAAAGCCUGGUUUUCUUUCCGAUGGUGGAAGCUUUGUGCACAUUGGAAGCAUGUACGCGCUCCAAGGCUUCUACAAGGGCGCGGUCUUUGCUGCUUCAAAGCACGCCUCAUUGGGCAUGAUCCGAAGCGCAGCCAAAGAAGUUGGAGACAGGGCCAGGGUGAACUGCGUAUUGCCGUGA